ACAAUAUAAUCGGAGACUACAAACAAUGGAUAGAAUAUCUUAAGAAUUUAAAUGAGUUUGAUAUGGUGAUAAAGGAACCUGAUUUAAAACAAGCAUUUGAAGCUAAAAAAAAUGAAUAUGAUAAACAAUUAAAAGAAGAUGAAAUUAUAUCUCUUAAGGAUCAGCUUAGUACCAAUCAAGAUAAAAUUAUUGAGUUAAAAAAUGAAAUAAGUAAAUUAACAGUUAAUUUCGAACAAAUAGAACUAGAUAAUGAGGAUUUGAAUAAUCAAGUAAACCGAAUGAAAAUUGAAAUCAAAUCAAAAAACAUUAAGAUUGAGAAAUUAGAACAAAAUUUAGAAAACAAACUAUUUGAAGAACAAGAAAAAAGCAAAAGACUUAACAAGGAAUGGGAAAAACUUGUUACUGAAAGCUAUGAACUUGAAAAAAAUAAGAAAUUGAUAUUAUUCAUUGAAAAGAAUUUUGAUGAAGACGACGAUUACGAAGAUGAGAGUGAAACAAAUAAAAAUGAUGAUGUAGAACAAUGGUAG